CAAAAGUACAACUGAGUUUCAAUCUCGUUUUUACAAUUUUUGAAUAGGAAUCUUUUUUUAUUUAUUAUUUAUUUUAUUUUAUUUUUGCUCAAGCAUCUAAAUUAACAUCAAGUGAAAGGUUAAUAGAUGUCCCAAACUUCUAAACAGGAAUCAUCUACAACAAGUAUAAAUAACAGCAUUCCAGAUGUAUUUGUCAUUGAUGAACAAAAGAUACAGCUAAAUGAAAAUACAGAAAAGCAGGAAUUAUACAUUUUACAGUGGUUAGCUCAAGUCGAACGCGAGAGUAAAACCAUUGAUGUAGAAGUGUUGAAAAAAGCACAACCCAUUAUUGAAAAGACAUUACUUCGACUUAUUUCACUUACAACAGCAAAGCCUAAAAGGCCUAUCCGGUUUUUAAUUGGAAGAUGUUAUGUUAUUCUUUAUACCCGAGGAGAUACUCGAACAUUAUUUGAUACUGUCACUACAUUACAUAGUCUUGCUAGUGCCAAUAAAAAUAUCGAAAAAGAAACAAAAAUAGCGGCAGUAUCAACGAUAGGUGCAAUCAUGGGUUCUUCUGGUGGGAAGAUACCACUUUUAUUACGCUUGGAGACAAUAACAGCAUUUACAUUAUUGUUGAAAGGAGCAGGAAAAGCAGCAACUGAUCAGAUUUUAAAGGAUUUAAUGAAGCAAUUAAAAUAUGGACUUGUUGAUAAAGCAUUAGUGACUAGAAUUGCGUCUGCUCAAUGUAUUCAAGCUGUUAUUCAACAUGCUACUCAAACUGUAACACAACAUGACAUAGAAACUUUAUUACAACAUACUUUUAAGGCAUUUGAACAUUCAACCUUUCCCGUUCGUAGAGCAAUUUCUUCAUUAGCUGCAACACUUCUUGUGUUCACACAGUCUCCAGCAACUGUAGAUCCAAAUAAGCCAACUAUUCGACAUGCUACUACAGGAGAAGGUCUAACGAAUAAAACAGAAGAAAUUGGGAAAACGGUGACAUUGAUGUCGAUUGAAGAAAUGCUCUCACAAUUAUCAACAAGCUAUAAUCGACCUAAUGCUUCACAUGAAUUAAAAACUGGUAUCAUCGAAACCUAUGCUACUCUAUUUGUUUUAUUAGGAACAGAAUUUGUAGAAGCAAAUUAUUCGACACUAUUAAAACAUGUUUUAUGUGAAAUUUUGGAUAAUACAAAGACAUCAAAUGCCUCAGAUAGAGCUUAUUUACGAUCUCAAGUCAAUUUCCUAUUACAUAAUACAAUUGGAAAACGUUUAUUAAGUGAGCAAGGACAAGCUAAUGCCAUUCAAUCAUUGGUUAAUAAUUGGAUUAAAAAAUGGCCACCACUUAUGGCAAAUCAAACUGCACCUAAUAGAGACAUUUUGAUAUGUGUAACAAAUUUGGUAUCUCAGUUAGUUUGUGAAUUAGAAGGAGCUGCCAGUUCAGUGCAAGAUGUUAUAGUCGAGCCAUUAUUUGUAUUGUUAACACAUUCUAGUUUCGCUGUUCAAAUGUCUGCUGUAUGGUGUAUUCGCUGUUUCUGCAAUGCAGUACCUACAAAUUUACUACAUUUAUUGCCAAAAUCUCUUAAUUUACUUGAGAAAAACUUGGGUAAUUUAACUAACCAGGUUACUACAACUAAAGUUUUUCAACGUACAAUUGCUUAUGCAUAUACGGUCGCUGCUAUUAUGAGUGUCUUUCCAGCGCAUCCUAUUUACACCUCAUUCGAAUUAAGUGCACGAGCAAUGUCAUUAGCUAAUCAAUUGAUAAAACAAACCAACAAAGAUCCCAAGAUUGCUAGUGUUCAAAUACAAGUAGCAUGUACUUUAAUUGGUUCAGUUAUGUGCUUGGGGCCUAAUCUAGUCAAAAUACAUCUACCACAGCUCCUACUGCUCUGGAAAAGCACUUUACCAAAACCAUCCGGAAAAGAAGCUAAUGGUAUUCGUUCUGAAUCUGAAUGGUCCUUUUUAUUUCAUAACCGUGAUUGCGUUAUAAGUUCCAUAUACAGCUUUUUAGUUCAUAAUAGUCAAUCAUUAGCAACGCUAGAUAUUGUAAAGAGACUUGCAGCUUUAUUGAAUAAUACAUUAGCAUUUUUGGCAACUGCUCCUAAUUCAUUUGCACCCACUACCAUGUCACCUUGUGUGCCCUAUGAGACAAGAUUAAUUGAUCAAUACUAUGCAUUAAGACGCCGAAUCUUUCAAUGCUUUAAUGUUAUUCGACCUCUCUUAUCAACUCACGAAUCAUCCUUUAGUGGAUUAUUGCGAAAUUCAUUGUUAGUAUUUACAGAACUUGAAAAAAUUUCACCCUCAUCAGGAGCACAUCAUCAAGUGACAGCGACUGUGCCUGGUCAGUUUGUUAGCGUAUGGAAUACAGCUGAUGGUCAUGGUUACGGCGUAACAAGUAAAAUGCAAGGCUAUCAUAUAGAUAUAGCUACCCAUAAUGAUGAUAUUAGUGAAGAAGUAAAUCGUGGUAAAGAAUGGAUGACUAAAGAUAGAUUGGAACGUGUAGAAGAAUUACUUGAACGUCCAAUCAUUGGCUCUAUUGAGCUGGAUCCUUUUUACUUGUAUACGAACUUAAUGAAUGACAAUAGUAAUAGUUACUACUUAUCUCAACAACAACAACAACAGCAACAGCAGCAACAACAACAGCAGCAGCAACAACAACAACAACAGCAACAGCAAAUAGCUAAUAAAAAAUCAUAUAUUCCACAACCAGUAUCACCUUCUACUUCUUAUAUUGAUGCCAGCAUCGAUCUAUUUGCAACACUCUUUAUAAAUCAGCCUCCAUCCAUUCAAGAAUCGACAUUUGAAUUUAUGCUUAAAGUGGUAAAAGAUCCUAAAUUAGAAAAAAACUCUUCAAAACGUGCUGCGAUACUUGUAAAUAUUGUAGUGGCUUUAUUAGGAGAGACGGUACCAUUUAGUCCUCGUGCUGUACAACUAGUUCAAGAAAUCUUGAUGGAAGUCAUCAUUCAUCCUGAUCCUUAUUUACGAAAUGCUGCUAGUGAAGCUAUUGGCCGUCUGACGUCUAUUAUUGGUGGAUCAUUUGUUGCCUCACAGAUGCAAAUACUAGUAGAUUUAGUAGUUUCUAACCGAGACCCCGAUGCUCGUGCUGGUUGUGCCUUAAGUAUUGGGUACAUCUACAGCCAUGUAGGUGGAAUGGCUGCUGCUGCUCACUUAAAAACAAUUGUAGGUAUACUGUUGUCUCUUAGUAAUGACCCACAUCCAGUUGUUCAUGCAUGGGCUCUAGAGGCUAUGGCUAUGACUGUUAGUGCAGCUGGUUUAAUGUUUUCUGGAUAUGUGAAUAGUACCCUUAGUAUGGUAGCGAAGCUUUACCUAAGCGAAACACAUGAGCCGGGUAGUGGAUCCAUUGCUGUCACUAAUGCCGGUAUGUCUGUUGGCUUUACAGCUUAUCAAGAAUUUGGUCGUAUCAUUUAUGAACUUAUUGGCACACUCGGUCCAGAGCUCCAAACUUCUUCAAAAGUUAGAGAGCUUUGUUCGAAUAUGGUUGAAGAACUUAAGCUAGAACCUGAUGAGCGAGUAAAUGUGGAGGCAAUUCGUUGUAUUCAGCACUUCUUGAUGUUUGCACCCAAAUAUCUUAGAACACAAGAAUUAGUUCCUUAUCUUCAAAAUCAAAUUACUAGCCUUCAUUUGCCUCUUAAAAAGGCUGCUGUAACUUGUUUAUAUCAGUUAGUACAGCGUGAUUCAGAAUUGGUAUUUAAAGCAGCUCAACCAGGCCUAGAUAGUGAACUAUUCAAGAUGUUGGAUACAGAUCCCCAGCUAUCAGAUGUUAAAAAUGUGAUUAGAAACUGGUUGCAGGAGACAGCCGUCGCUGAACCUUCUAUUUGGGUAAAUAUUACUAAACGUAUCGUAACUGGGUCAAAUAGUGGGACCACAAAGGAGCCAUCUAAAAUCGCUUCUACGAUGCAUGAAGAUUCUGCUGAAGAGGAGGAAGAAGAUGAAGAAUUUGGUGACGAUGAUGCUGAUGGAUUUGUUGAUGAAGAUAAUGUGGACAUUGCAACAACCGUAGCUGAUGCUUCUGGUAUGACAACUAAACUUAAUAUCAACGUUGAAAUACCACCAAGGUGGAGAACGCAGUUAUUUGCUCUUGAAUGCCUUCAACAAACAAUUGAAUUAAUAUCAGCAAGUGGUAUUCGAGAACACUUUGAUCUUAUUCUUGCUCGACGUCGUAGACAACAGGCUGGUUUAGGAGACUUUUUAGUAUUUCGUGUACCCGAUUUAAUAAGACUGUCUUUUACAGCAGCCACUGCACAUGUUAAUGAACUAAGGUUAUCUGGUAUUAAUUUACUGAAGAUGGUUAUAGAGAAAUUCGCAAAUACAUUAGAUGCUGAUAUGGAGGAUAUGCUAUUACUGGAACAGUAUUCUGCUCAAAUUGGUGCAGCUUUAACACCAGCCUUUGGCUCUGACUCAUCAUCGGAAAUUGUAUCAGCUGCUGUCCGUGUUUGUGCUAUUUAUGUUGGCAGUGGUAUUGUGAAGGACCUUUACCAACUUGGUCGUGUGUUAAAAUUGCUGAUAUCGGCUUUAGACAAAUGUAAAAGUGAGUCAAAAUUGACAGCUGUUGGUGAGGUAAAGGAUCUAAGCCCUCAUGCUUCAGUUAUGGUCAAGUUAUCUGUUUUAAAUGCAUGGGCAGAGCUUCAAGUAUCAAGUCAGAGACAAGGCUAUUUAAAACAGGUAUUACAACCUAAUUUAACCGUCUUAAGCCCCAUGUGGGUUCGUGCGCUUCAAGACUAUGCUAGAAUUCGUUUAGAGUCAGAUAUUGUGGCAUUAUCUAGUCGUAGUACAGAUCGCGUUCAAGCGUCAUCUAGCAGUGGUAUUGAUUCAAUGUAUUCGGCUGCUACAAAGGAUGUAGUUCUACCGUAUUAUCGCCGUUCCUGGUUAAAGAUUAUGGAAGCAGUUGCUACUUUAAUCGAAACCCAAGAGGAAUCUAUGGUAGAAGCUAUUAAGAGCAAUCCAGAUUUUGAGCAAUCAAUAGAUCAUCCAUCCAAUUUGUUUUAUAUUUUCCUUUCUCGUAGUUCCAGUUCAAGCAAAUAUGAUAAUGUCACUGUUCCGAUCUGUCUAAAUGCACUCUUUACAUUUAUUAAACCAUCACUAGCAGGAAAUCAAUUUCUUCCAAAAGCAGUCUUCUUGGAGCUACUAAAUGGCUACCGUACUCAAAUUAUUAUUAUUGAAAUCUUGCAAAGACUUAUUCAGAGUUAUGGAGCUUAUCUCUGUGACGAUUUAGAUGGAGAAAAUAAUGAACACACGAUAGAUAUCACAUUAGAUCCUGACCUUUAUUAUAUUUUACGUUUAUUGGUAAAUGUCUUUUUACAAAAUCCUGCUUCUUUACGGCAACGAUCUUCAAAAGAUAAUCUAGCAUUAUUGCUGGGACCCUCCUUAGAUACAAUUGCACUACUAGUAAACAUGACACCUAAAGACUAUAAAGUCGAUCUAUUAGCCAUCUGUCUGUAUAUUUUCUCUGGAAUUUUGACUGAAAGGCCUCGGGUUCUUAUAUCUCUAAAGACCGUAUUUCAGAAUUUUGAAAUAGACUUAUCUACUGAAAAUAUUAACUCUUUAGCUGAAGUAAUACGAGCAAUAAUUCAUACUUUACUUGAUGGCUUCUUUGAGACGAAGAAUGGUGAAAAGCUUUCCGUAGCUUCGCAAAAAAAUAGACUUCUUGCUAUUGUAUUAAUCAUAACUGGUUGUCCACAAGCAAUCUUGAGAGAGGGAGAGGGAAGGAAGCAGUUUAUUGAUACUCUAAAAAAGUCUCUAUCAUCAAACGAUGUAGAGCUUUCUAUUACUGCACAUCAAUGCCUUCGAAACUUUAUUAGUUUUCCCGAGAAAAAAGAUAGUUUUCCCGCAUUGGCUAAUUUAGGACAAGUUAUUAUUAAUUCAACCUUAUCAUUUGUUAUCUCGCGUAUUAUUACGGCUAAGGAAGAUAAAGAUAAUAUGAACGAUGCAUCCCUUGCAUCUCUAAAUGAAGAUACUAAAACUUUACUUGCACUAAUAAGUGGUGUUCAGGAAGAACAAAAAUCGUUAGUAUUAAGUAUUAUUCUUCCAACAUUAACUUUCUUGCUAGAUGAUCCGCCAUACAAUGGUCGCGAAACUAAAACACAUGAAGCUAUUUUAGCGCACUUGAUAUCUGUUGCUACAAACACGCCCACUGUUUUUCGUGAUACUGUAACCAAGCUUCCAGAUAACGUUAAAUCCAAAUUAGAAUCUGCAAUGCGUUAUAGUAUCUUAUCUAGCCAAGAAAAACAACAAAAGCAACAACAAAGAGAAAAGCAACUUCAGGAUUCUCAUAAGGACAAUAAGCAGCCUACUAUUGCCUUGAAAAUGGACUUUAGUAAUUUCGAAUAAAAAAAAAAUACUGAAGAAUUAUAAAUAAGUAUUUUCCUUUAUAUGUAUAUAUAUAUUUUUUAUGUCAUUUGUUGAAAGAGACUUUUCCAUAGUAAUAUGCAUAACAUAAUUAAAUUUUAAACAAUAAAGUAGUAUAUACUCUUUAUGAACGUG